AGGCGGGCCCUGCACUCCCUCCCAAUGGAGGAGUAGGGCUGGAGAGAGAAGCAGGCUGCUGUGGGCGGUCUGAGGCCAGCCCCGCCCCACCUGUCCUUUUUCCUGGGAUCGUUAAUCCAGAGGCUUGUCCCUGCUGUUCCAUUGACCUGGCAGGCAACACUGUGGAAAAAGUGGCUGAGUUCCGAGCAUUCUUCCUCACCUGGUUUGGGCCACUGCACAGCUGUGCUUUUGGCUCAGCCCCGCCUCUUGUGGCCCUCCGCCUGUGACUCCCCCAUCUCUCUGGGGAGAUGCUGUCCCGUGGGUGGUUUCACCGAGACCUCAGUGGGCUGGAUGCAGAGACGCUGCUCAAGGGCCGAGGUGUCCACGGGAGUUUCCUGGCUCGGCCUAGUCGCAAGAACCAGGGCGACUUCUCCCUCUCAGUCAGGGUGGGGGAUCAGGUGACCCAUAUUCGGAUCCAGAACUCAGGGGAUUUCUACGACCUGUAUGGAGGGGAGAAGUUUGCGACGCUGACAGAGCUGGUGGAGUACUACACACAGCAGCAGGGUGUCCUGCAGGACCGCGAUGGCACCAUCAUUCACCUCAAGUACCCACUUAACUGCUCUGACCCUACCAGUGAGAGGUGGUACCAUGGUCACAUGUCUGGGGGGCAGGCGGAGACACUGCUACAGGCCAAGGGUGCCUGGACAUUUCUUGUACGUGAGAGUCUCAGCCAGCCGGGAGAUUUUGUGCUGUCGGUGCUCAGUGAUCAGCCCAAGGCUGGCCCAGGCUCCCCCCUCAGAGUCACCCACAUCAAGGUCAUGUGUGAGGGUGGACGUUACACGGUGGGUGGCUCGGAGACCUUUGACAGCCUCACAGACCUGGUGGAGCAUUUCAAGAAGACGGGGAUUGAGGAGGCCUCAGGCGCCUUCCUUUGAGAUCUGGAACCAUACUACGCCACGCGGGUGAAUGCGGCUGACAUUGAAAACCGGGUCUUGGAACUGAACAAGAAGAAGGAGUCAGAGGACACAGCCAAGGCCGGCUUCUGGGAGGAGUUUGAGAAUCUGCAGAAGCUGGAGGUGAAGAACCUGCACCAGCGGCUGGAAGGGCAGCGGCCAGAGAAUAAGAGCAAGAACCGUUAUAAGAACAUUCUCCCAUUCGACCACAGCCGAGUGAUCCUGCAGGGACGUGACAGUAACAUCCCUGGGUCUGACUAUAUCAACGCCAACUAUGUCAAGAACCAGCUGCUAGGCCCUGAUGAGAACUCUAAGACCUAUAUUGCGAGCCAGGGCUGCCUGGAUGCCACAGUCAAUGACUUCUGGCAGAUGACAUGGCAGGAGAACACCCGCGUCAUCGUCAUGACCACCCGAGAGGUGGAGAAAGGCGGGAACAAAUGUGUCCCAUACUGGCCAGAGGUGGGCUCUCAGCGAGUGUAUGGAUCCUACACUGUAACCAACUGUGGGGAACACGACACAGCCGAGUACAAACUCCGCACCUUACAGGUCUCCCCGCUGGACAAUGCGAACCUGGUGCGUGAGAUCUGGCACUACCAGUACCUGAGCUGGCCCGACCAUGGGGUCCCCAGUGAACCUGGGGGUGUCCUCAGCUUCCUAGACCAGAUCAAUCAGCGACAGGAAAGUCUGCCUCAUGCAGGGCCCAUCAUCGUGCAUUGCAGCGCGGGCAUUGGCCGCACAGGCACCAUCAUUGUCAUCGACAUGCUCAUGGAGAACAUCUCAACCAAGGGGUCCAACUGCCAUCCCUGCUCAGGGCUGGACUGUGACAUUGACAUCCAGAAGACGAUCCAGAUGGUGCGCGCCCAGCGCUCGGGCAUGGUGCAGACGGAGGCGCAGUACAAGUUCAUCUAUGUGGCCAUCGCUCAGUUCAUUGAAACCACCAAGAAGAAGCUGGAGGUCAUGCAGUCCCACAAGGGCCAGGAGUCGGAGUACGGGAAUAUCACCUACCCCCCAGCCAUGAAGAAUGCCCAUGCCCAGGCCUCCCGCACCUCCUCGAAACACAAGGAGGACGUGUAUGAGAACCUGCAGAGUAAGAACAGGAGGGAGGAGAAGGUGAAGAAGCAGCGAUCAGCGGACAAGGACAAGAGCAAGGGCUCCCUCAAAAGGAAGUGAGCUGGGCACCGUCUUCAGGUGGCCAUGCCUCAGCACUGAUCCCUGUAGAGGUCUCCAGUGAAUGCCAACAGCCUGAACCUAGGAAGCUGCCCGCCCAACUCUAUUGUAAUUUAAAUGGUGUGUCCCCACCUCCCUCACCCUACUGUAUAUAGCCCAGCAAGACUCCAGAGGAGCCAGACCCUUCUAUUCUUGUAAAUAAAGCCCCUAGGAUCACUGUG